GUGAACGUUUUGCUUAACGAAACAGACCUCGUGAGGCCAGGUCCGCCGCCUGGUGCUCCUCCCUCGAUUCCGACUUGUCUGUGUAUCUCACGUCGACGGCGACUCGCCGGCGGCCACGGAGCAUUACAACUCCCUCCCCCUCGCCUUUUCCCUCCCGGAGAAGAGAAGAAGAGCGAGAUGAGGAAGCUGGCCUCCUUCGCCGCCGCUACCUCCGGUGCCUACUCCUCUGCAUCCGCCGCGCUCCGGGUCCGGGGCUGGUGGGACGACGUCAACGAGUCGCGCCAGUGGCAGGACGGGGUCUUCUUCUCCCUCGCCGCCGCAUACGCCCUAGUCUCCGCCGUAGCACUGAUUCAGCUCAUCAGGAUCCAGCGACGGGUGCCCGAGCUCGGAUGGACCACGCAGAAGAUCUUCCACCUCAUGAACUUCCUUGUCAAUGGGGUUCGUGCUCUCGUUUUCGGCUUCCACGUCCAUGUCUUCCUCCUCCACACAAAAGUAUAUAAGCUGGUGUUACUUGAUCUCCCCGGCUUGCUCUUCUUCUCCACAUACACCCUACUCGUCCUCUUCUGGGCAGAAAUAUACCAUCAGGCUAGGAGUCUCCCAACGGACAAGCUAAGGCCCGCAUACAUUGCCGUUAACAGCAUCAUAUAUGUAGUUCAGGUCUGCAUAUGGAUAUACCUCGGAAUAAAUGAUAAUGCCGCCGUUGAGCUGGCCAGCAAAAUCUUCAUUGUAGCUGUCUCCUUCGUCGCCCUUCUUGGCUUUUCAGUAUACGGUGGAAGGUUAUUCUUCUUGCUGAGACGAUUCCCUAUUGAAUCCAAGGGGCGGCAAAAGAAGCUUUAUGAGGUUGGGACUGUGACAGCAAUUUGUGUGACCUGCUUCCUGAUAAGAUGUGUCGUGGUGGCAUUAUCUGCAUUUGAUCCCGACGUAUCUCUGGAGGUUUUAGACCAUCCAAUCCUAGACUUGUUCUACUACACGCUGACGGAGAUAUUGCCAUCUGCGCUAGUCCUCUUCGUUCUACGGAAGCUCCCCCCCAAGCGGGUAUCGGCACAAUACCACCCCAUUAACUAGAGAAAUUUUAUGAUGUUAUAAGAAUGUAUGGAUGAGCUGGAAAAGCUGAAAACCUACAUCCAGUUGAGUUGAAUGCUUUUUGCUUGCUGUUGUGUUUAUGGAAGCAUGGAAGCACUGGUGGUGAUGAUGCAUCGUCAUCACAUCAUAUGAGAAAAGAGUUUUGGUGUUGGAUGGCACUAAUGGAACUUGAGACUCCUUUUGUGGUUGGAUCUCCAAGGUGUUGUUUGCUUGGUUGUGCUACCCGGGGCAUGGCAUGACAUUGACAUGACAUGACUUAUUUAGCAGUAGUGUUAUGCCAUUAUCUGAAUUACAGUGGUCAUUCUUGAUGAUUGCCAUUAUCUGAA